AUGACGAGGCCCUCUGCAAACACUUGCUGUCCCGGAAAUUCUGCUUCUUGCCCGCAGUUGGAAGACGGCACAAAAUGUGAAUCAGAUUUGCCGGCCACGGCGCCAGCGCAGCAGCAGUUGGAGUGCGACUCUCACAGCUUGAUUUUGGUACAGAAGAAUGACACAAUCCGCACCAAAGGGUUAGCUCGACACAAUUUUGGCCCGGCGUCGUCCCGUGAUUGUAUCGUAUUUACUUCAGAGCGGCCCGGGAACCCAGCCUGUAAAAUGAAUCCGAUUUCUGUCGAAGCGACCCAGCCAUGGAUUGAAUUUAUGCUACGCAAAGGCAUUACGAACGUACUUGUCUUGUUGGAUCCCUGGGAACUCGAAACGUAUACAGAAAUGAGUCUGGAAAAUAUUUACAAGCAAGCAGAGAUCAAGUGUUUCUUCGAGCCUAUGAAAGAAGAGGGGGCUUGCGAUCGUAUAUUUCAAAUUCUCUAUGACGCUGAACAACGUGGUGAAAAGAUUGUAGCCCAUUGUACAGGUGGGUGUGGACGAUCAGGCCGUAUCGCUGCCGGUUGGAUUAUUUAUAGAUAUGGUGUUUCUGUGGAAGAGGCGACAGACGAGGUGGUUCGCUGUGCUAUUCGAAAUAGUGUUUGCCGUAAGGGAAACUGUUAUAUGCUGGCCGAAUGGCUGAAUGCCCCGCACCUAAAUUGCUGCUGA